AGUCACAAUCAGUUUGCCCUAAACCAUCAAAGCUAAUGGAGAGAUAAGUGUGGCGUUUUGUAUACUUUCGUUCGCAUUCUAAGCAAAGAUCACUUGGAAAUGUUUAUACUUUUAAUUCCCCUCGGUUUACUUGCCCUUACAUGGCUCUUGAUAAAACUGAAUCGUGAUUAUGCAUUGGCAUCAUUUACAAGGAAAAUUAAGACAAUUGAUGGAUCGCCACUUGAGGAGACUGCCUCAGUGGUUGGUGGUUUUUGGGGCAGUAAUUUUGAUUUGCUCUCAAUGAAUUUGGAGCAAAUGUUUUAUUAUUCACGUGUCUUUGCCAAAACAUUUAAACGAGGCUACAUCCAAUAUUUCCUGCUGAAUCCUGUCUACAAUGUCAUCGAUGCCAAAGAUGCUGAAUUGGUUUUGAACGAUUCUCGUAUCCUGACCAAGGGUAUAUUUUAUACAUUUCUUCAUCCGUUUUUGAAGACAGGCCUUUUGACAAGUACAGACAAAAAAUGGCACACCCGAAGACGUUUGCUAACACCUGCAUUUCAUUUCAAUAUUUUGACUCAAUUUAUGGAAACAUUUAAAUCCGAAUCUGUAAAGUUCAUAAAGACUUUGAAUGACAUACUGGAAAAGAAAGAUUCGAAUGGCGUAAUCUCUUUGAGUGAACUAAUUCCACGCGUAACACUCAAUAAUGUUUGCGAAACCGCUCUGGGUGUUUGCCUCGAUGAUCGUUUGGAUGGCGAUGAAUAUCGCCAGCGUAUUAGCGAGGUGGAAGAAAGCCUUUUGGAACGUUUGAAAAAUCCCCUCAUGGGAUUCGAUGGCUUCUAUUACAAUUGUGCCGAGGGUAAGAAAUAUUUGAAAUCGAUGGAGAAAUUACAUGCUUUUUCCAGUGGUAUUAUUGAGAAACGACGUGAACUUCUCAGCAAAGAGAUGGAGCAGGAGGAUAUGAAUCAAAAUGAUGUUGAUGAAACGAACCCUUAUCGCAAACGGCGUUAUGCCAUGUUGGACACCUUGCUGCGUGCUGAAAAAGAUGGCCUUAUCGAUCAUGCUGGCAUUUGUGAAGAAGUCGAUACAUUUAUGUUUGAAGGCUUUGAUACAACCUCGAUGAAUUUGAUUUUUGCCCUUAUGUCUCUCGCCCUGUAUCCUGAUAUGCAAAGGAAAUGCUAUGAAGAAAUCCAAGAAAACAUACAGGGUGAUUUGGCAUCUUUGGAUACACAACAAUUGAAUAAUCUGAAAUAUUUGGAUUGUUUUAUAAAGGAAACACAACGUGUAUAUCCCUCUGUGCCGGGCAUUGUGCGUGAAUGCACAUCGGACAUUGUGUUUGGGGGGAAAUUGCUAUUCCCAAAGGGCACACAAAUAAACAUACACAUAUAUGAUAUACACAUGAAUCCCAAAUAUUAUGAUGAACCGGAGAGAUUUAAUCCGGAAAGAUUUAUGGCACCUCAGGCGGAAAAACGCCACCCCUUUGCAUUCAUACCUUUUAGUGCUGGUCAGAGGAAUUGUAUUGGUCAGAAAUUUGCCUUGAUGGAGAUGAAAACCCUAUUGGUCUAUGUCAUUAAGAAUUUUGAAUUGGAACCCGUGACGCGACCCGAAGAUUUCCGCUUCCAUGCUGGCCUAUUGAUUCGCACCAAAACUGAUAUACAGGUUAAGAUAAGGAAACGUGUAGCUACAUAAAUUUGAUAACUGUUCUUUACAAAGUAAUUUUUCCAAACAUACACUCUGAAUUUUCAAAAUAAAAUAAUUUUUAAAUUUUAUUAA